CUGAGAUGGGGACAGCACCGCGCACGCUGCUCCUGCUGCUGGCGGCCGCUCUGGCCCCGACCCAGACCAGCGCGGGCUCACACUCGCACUCGCUGCGUUAUUUUGGCUCUGCCAUGACCCAGCCGGGACACGAGGAACCGCGGUUCAUCGCCUUCGGGUUCGUGGACGACACGCGCUUUGUGUGGUUCGACAGCGAUGCGAUGACACCUAGAGAGGAGCCGCGGGCAAAGUGGAUGGAAGAGAAUCCACCCGAGUACUGGGAGCGUCAGACCCGGAUUGCCAAAGCUAACGCGCAGAUUUUCCGUGAUAAUCUGAGGACCCUGGUGCGAUACUACAACCAGAGUGAAUCAGCAAACAAGGUGGCUCUAAUUACCCAGCGCAAGUAUGAGGCAACGAAUGAGGCAGAGCACCACAGGGCCUACCUUAAAGUUACAUGCAUGGAGUGGCUCCGCAUCCAUCUGGAGAAGGGGAAAGAGAUACUGCAACGUGCAGAUCCCCCAAAGACACAUGUGACCCAUCAUCCCAGACUUGAAGGUGACAUCACCCUGAGGUGUUGGGCCCUGGGCUUCUACCCUGCUGACAUCACCCUGACCUGGCAGAAAGAUGGGAAGGAGCAGACCCAGGACAUGGAACUUGUGGAGACCAGGCCUGCAGGGGAUGGGACCUUCCAGAAGUGGGCAGCUGUGGUAGUGCCUUCUGGGGAGGAACAGAAGUACACAUGCCAUGUGCAACAUGAGGGGCUGCCUGAGCCCAUGACCCUGAGAUGGGAUCCACCUCCUCAGCACACAUACUCCAUUGUGGGAAUCACUGCUGGCCCAGUUCUCCUUGGAGCUGUGGUCACUGCUGUGUGGAAAAAGUUACCAAGGAGGAAAGUGUGACUAUGGAAUUGAGCCAUACAACGGUGAACGCACUAUGUCAUGAAGAGCUCCUGACUUCUUUUUCUGCAAUUGUCGUCUGACUGUGUUCACUGUGAGAUGUCAGCAAAUGUGAGUCUAUUCAGGCAAACUGGCAUUAGAGUUCUCUGCCUGUCUACUAAGAACAACAUCUAGAUAUGAAUCUAUUAGGAAUUCUUACCCCAGGGUUGCUUGGUUUACUGUAGACGAAGUUUCCGACCCAUCCAGUCCCAAAUAAACACACAGAGGCUUAUAUUAAUUAGAAACUGUUUGGCCUG